GGCGCUGGUUAACACAGACUGAAAGUGCUGCGGUGACACUCGGUCCUCCAGUGCUGCGGAGAGGCAGGGCAGCGCACAGCACCUGUCCGCCGCGGAGAGCCGGGACGCGGGCGCCCGGGCGGCGGUAGAUAAGGAGGGAACCGCCGAGGUGUGCUUCAGUCCCCAGCCCGCGAGGGGACGCGGAGGAAAUGUGGACUGUGUAGAGAUGAGCGACACUUAUCUCCAAUGUUGGAUAUUUGCUUGGAAAAACGUGUGGGUACGACCUUGGCUGCCCCCAAGUGUAGCUCCAGCGUUGUGAGGUUUCAAGGGUUGGCAGAGGGGACCAAGGGGACCAUGAAAAUGGACAUGGAGGACGCGGAUCUGACUCUGUGGACAGAGGCUGAGUUUGAAGAGAAGUGUACAUACAUUGUGAAUGACCACCCCUGGGAUUCUGCAGCCGAUGGAGGGACUUCGGUUCAGGCAGAGGCAUCCUUACCCAGGAAUCUGCUUUUCAAAUAUGCCACAAACAGCAAAGAGGUUAUUGGAGUGAUGAGUAAAGAAUACAUACCAAAAGGAACACGUUUUGGACCUCUAAUUGGUGAAAUCUACACCAAUGAUACAGUUCCCAAGAACGCCAACAGGAAAUAUUUUUGGCGGAUCUAUUCCAGAGGAGAGCUUCACCACUUCAUUGAUGGCUUUAAUGAGGAGAAAAGCAACUGGAUGCGCUAUGUGAAUCCAGCGCACUCUGCCCGGGAGCAAAACCUGGCUGCGUGUCAGAACGGGAUGAACAUCUACUUCUACACCAUUAAGCCCAUCCCUGCCAACCAGGAGCUUCUUGUGUGGUACUGCCGGGACUUUGCAGAAAGGCUUCACUACCCUUAUCCUGGAGAACUGACAAUGAUGAAUCUCACACAAACACAGAGCCAUCUAAAGCAGCAGAACACUGAGAAAAAUGACCUUUGCCCAAAGAAUGUCCCAAAGAGAGAGUACAGCGUGAAAGAAAUCCUAAAAUUAGACUCCUACCCCUCCAAAGGAAAGGACUUCUACCGUUCGAACAUUUCACCCCUCACUUCAGAAAAGGACACAGACGACUUCAGAAAAAAUGGGAGCCCCGAAAUGCCCUUCUACCCUCGGGUUGUGUACCCGAUCCGGGCCCCUCUCCCAGAAGACUUUUUGAAAGCUUCCCUGGCUUAUGGGAUGGAGAGGCCAACAUACAUCACUCACUCCCCCAUUCCGUCCUCCACAACGCCCAGUCCCUCAGCGAGAAGCAGCCCUGACCAAAGCCUCAAAAGCUCCAGCCCUCACAGCAGCCCCGGGAACACCGUGUCGCCUCUGGCUCCUAGCUCUCAAGAACAUCGGGACUCUUACGGCUACUUGAACGCGCCCUAUGGCACCGAAGGUCUGGGUUCUUACCCUGGAUACGCGCCUCCACACCACCUCCCCCCGGCCUUCAUCCCCUCCUACAAUGCUCACUACCCCAAGUUCCUUUUACCCCCCUAUGGCAUGAAUUGUAACAGCCUGAGCACUGUGGGAGGCAUCAAUAGCAUCAAUAACUUCGGCCUCUUCCCCAGGUUGUACCCUGUCUACAGUAACCUCCUCGGUGGGGGCAACCUGCCUCACCCCAUGCUCAACCCCGCCACUCUCCCGAGCUCCCUGCCCUCAGAAGGAGCUCGGAGGUUGCUUCAGCCCGAACAUCCCCGAGAGGUGCUGGUCCCAGCCCCCCAUAGUGCCUUCUCCCUCACCGGGGCCGCCGCCAGCAUGAAGGACAAGGCCUGUAGCCCCACCAGUGGGUCUCCAACUGCGGGCACAGCUGCCACGGCAGAACAUGUGGUGCAGCCCAAAGCUACCUCAGCAACGAUGGCAGCCCCCAGCAGUGACGAAGCCAUGAAUCUCAUGAAAAACAAAAGAAACAUGACUGGCUACAAGACACUUCCCUACCCGCUGAAGAAGCAGAAUGGCAAGAUUAAGUAUGAGUGCAACGUUUGCUCCAAGACUUUUGGCCAGCUGUCAAAUCUAAAGGUCCACCUCAGAGUGCACAGUGGAGAACGGCCUUUCAAAUGUCAGACUUGCAACAAAGGCUUUACUCAGCUCGCCCACCUGCAGAAACACUACCUGGUACACACGGGAGAGAAGCCACAUGAAUGCCAGGUUUGCCAUAAGCGAUUCAGCAGCACCAGCAAUCUCAAAACCCACCUGCGACUCCACUCUGGAGAGAAACCUUACCAGUGCAAGGUGUGCCCUGCCAAGUUCACCCAGUUUGUGCACCUGAAACUCCACAAGCGCCUACACACGCGGGAGCGGCCCCACAAGUGUGCCCAUUGCCACAAGAGCUACAUCCAUCUCUGCAGCCUCAAGGUCCACCUAAAGGGGAACUGUCCUAUGGCCCCGGCCACGGGGCUGCCUUUGGAGGACCUGACCCGAAUCAACGAAGAAAUCGAGAAGUUUGACAUCAGUGAUAACGCUGACAGGCUUGAGGACAUGGAGGAUAACAUCGACGUGACCUCUGUGGUGGAGAAAGAAAUUCUGGCCGUGGUCAGAAAAGAGAAAGAAGAAACUGGCCUGAAAGUGUCUUUGCAAAGAAGCUCGGGGAAUGGACUCCUCUCAGGGUGUAACCUUUAUGAGUCAUCAGACCCGCCCCUCAUGAAGUUGCCUCACAGCAACCCACUACCUCUGGGACCUGUCAAGGUCAAACAAGAAACAGUUGAAGCAAUGGAUCCUUAAGAUUUUCAGAAAACGAACAGUGUUUUGUUUUGUUUUUUAACUUAUGACUUGGCGAGUCAGGGUGCCUUAGCAAAUUGCUUGUACAUAAUUCCAGUUUCGCAAAGCUCUCCUGACAGCACGUGGUUUCCCCUCACCUCUCUGGAAUUAAAGAAGGAAUUCCAAAGUUACUGAAAUCUCAGGGCAUAAACGAGGCAAAGACAAUAUAUAUACAUAUUAUAUAUACUUAUUUACACCCCCAUCUAUAUAUUUGAACCUGUUUAUUUUGAAUAUUUGUGUGAAUAUGUUUGCAUAGCCUUCCCAUUGCUAAGACUAUUACCUAGCCAUAAUUAUUUUUUCAACGAUCAUCCUUCAUAAUUUAUUAUACAAUUUAUCAUUCAAAAGCAAUAAUUAAAGAAGUUUACAGUAACUGGAAAAAUUCUUGUUAAUUUGAGUAUAAAUGUUAUAUUUUUGUCUUGUGGCCAUUCUUUGUACAUAAUAUCUGCACAUCUGUUUAAGUAACCUAAGAUUUAGUAAACAAAUACAUUACUUUAGUCAACCUCCCUCUAUAAUAAUGGUUUGAAAUGAGGUUUUGGCAUGGCCAAAGUUAGGCCGUUGAUGUGUUAAUUCAUAGGAUCAAAUAAUUUGAACAGCAUUGUGUAACUUGUGUGCAGAAUUACCCAAUAAUAACUUCAGUAGAAGAAACAAGAAAGGGAAUCUUGUGUGUUUCUGUAGAUGGUUCAGUUAUUUUUUUUCCCUAGCCACAGAUUUGCUAGAAAGGUGACAAGGCUUUGCCAUCCUGUCUCCUUCUCCAAAAAAGCAGGGUCACCCCACCCCCUAAGUCAUGUGACCAUUCAGAGUGGCCAAGUGACUUUUGCAUCCCAUCUUAUUAUCUGAAAAUGUGAAGAAGACAAAAUGCCAUGUUUAAAACCACUGCGAAACAUUCCCAAAGCACAGGUGGUUUUUGUAUGAGUGAGGUUUGGAGGCUUGAGUCUGGGUGUUGUUUUUGUUGUUGGGUUUUUUGUUGUUGUUAUGUCAAAAUUGCACAAACAUGGUGCUCUACCAGGAAGGAUUUGAAGUAGAUAGGCUCAGGCCACAUUUUAAUACCGAAAAAAAAACCCAAAUGGGUAUUCUCGUUGUCUUGGGGUAAAAGCCGGUGACAAACAUUCCUGUCUCCAACACAUCUAUUGUCUUCUUUCUGUAAAACUCAGAUUUUCCUCAGUAUUUGUGUUUUUACAUUUUGUGGUUAAUUUAAUUGAAGAUGAAAGGGCAUUGCAAAGUUGUUCAACAACAAUUACCUCAUUGAGUGUGUCCAGUAGUGCAGGAAAUGAUGUCUUUCUUAAUGAUUUGCUACUCUAGAUGAGAAACGAAGUGUGCUCCAGAAAGAUAGAAAGGGUGCCAUUCUAUCUUUUACUCUGCUAAGCCCAAAGAUUACAUGUCGGCAUUCAAGGUGUAGCAAAGAAUGAUGUAUAUUUAUAAAUCUAUUUAUACCACUAUACCAUGUAUAUAUAAUAUAUUUAUAACCACUUAAGUUGUGAGCCAAACCAUGUAAAAGAACCUACUUUUCCUAAGGACAAAAAAAAAAAAAAAAGAAAAAAGAAAGAAAGAAAGAAAGAAACCCUUUCUGAGACUUUGCUUGACACUCAAUGGCCUCACAGUCAUACUGGUGAGCUUGGACACCCCUCACUAUUGGUAAGAGACCUAAAACCUCGGUGCAAAGGUGGGGACCACAUAACAACCUGGGAGAAAGAGACAUUGCUUUUUACUAGUAAGGGCAACCUAAGAUGGCUUUACUUUUGUUUUACCACCUUAUGUGGUCACACCCAAAUCACAGAAAUGAAAAUUCCUUUAUUACUCCCUUUACCACUGACUUUUUUCUCUCUUCCUCUCCCUCUUUGCUAAGUAGCUGAUGUAUCAUUAAUCAAUCUGGUUUAUAUAUUCAGCAUUCUGCUCAUGGCAGCUAUUGUCAAUAUGCGGAAGAGAACAACAAAUUUAGGAUAAUUGGGGAAACCUAAGAGCCUUACUGAUCUAUUUCUGUAAGUGGCAAAACGGACCUUUUUUUUUUUUUUUUUAAAUGUACCAGUGUUUGACAAACAGUCUUAAUUGUAGGUACACUAAAGCAUCACACUCUGACACCAAAUACUUUCUAUAACCCCAUGGCUCAUUUGUUCCCUUUUCCUGCCUUUUGUGCUUUCUCAUCUGUGGGAAUUUUUACCAAGACCUGCACAGUGCUUGAGACUUCUGCUCCUUCGCACCAUCUGACUUCCCUCCCAGGCUCUUACAUGUGAGUGUUGAGCCCACAAUCAGCAGUGGUUUUUUUUCCUCAAAGUUAAAUUGACCAAGUUAUGGGCUUUUUACUUUGCUAAGAAUGACAACCUAUCUUAUGUUUACGUACUGGUUUACAUUGUUAUUUAUGUGCAAAUUGUCAAAA